ACAGCAGAUGCUUUGGCCCAUGUCUGUUAAUCCUGUUGUAUUAAUUGACUAUUUUCCUUUGCAUCCUGUAGAAUUUGCUCUUUCCAUCUUUGAGAAGAUGCAAGCACAGGAAAUCCUGAGGAGCCUGCGGCUGCCUGAGUUCGAUGACUUCAGUCAAUUUUUCCGCAGCUUGCCAGCCACCACCUUAGUUGGCAUUGGUGCCUUUGCUGCGGUGAUUGCAUACUGGUUCGCUAGCCGGCCAAAGGCACUGAAGCCACCAUGUGACCUCCUGAUGCAGUCAGAAGAAGUUGAGGGCUGGGAAGGAGCUCGGCGGUCCAUGAUAAGUGACAGCCCAGAAUUAUUAACUCAGUACUAUGAUGAUGCAAGGACAAUGUAUGAAGUAUUUAGAAGGGGAUUUAACAUAUCUGAGAAUGACCCUUGUCUAGGAUUCAGAAAGCCCAAGCAGCCUUACAAAUGGUUGUCGUAUAAAGAGGUCGCUGAAAGAGCAGAAGCUUUAGGAUCGGGGUUAAUCCAACAGGGAUGUAAACCAUCAGCAAGUCAGUUCAUUGGGGUCUUUGCACAAAACCGUCCAGAGUGGUUCAUUUCUGAGCUGGCUUGUUAUACCUAUUCCAUGGUGGUGGUCCCCCUCUAUGACACAUUAGGCCACGGAGCUAUUCGUUACAUUAUCAACAAAGCUGAUAUUUCCAUAGUAAUUUGUGACAAAACAGAAAAAGCCAGAGUCCUCUUGGAUCAUGUGGAGAAAAGGGAGACACCAGGCUUAAAGUCUAUUAUUCUGAUGGAUCCUUUUGAGAACGACCUAAUGGAAAGAGGGAAAAGAUGUGGUGUUCACGUCCAAUCCAUGCAGGAAGUAGAGAAUUGUGGCCGUGAGAAUCCACAUGCCCCAGUGCCUCCUCACCCAGAAGAUCUGUCGAUUGUCUGUUUUACUAGCGGCACUACAGGGAACCCCAAAGGUGCUAUGUUGACUCACAGGAAUGUGGUUGCUGAUUUUUCCGGCUUUCUGAAAGUGACAGAGAGUCAGUGGUCUCCUUCUUGUGAGGAUGUACACAUUUCCUAUUUGCCUUUAGCACACAUGUUUGAGAGAAUGGUACAGUCUGUCGUAUAUUGCCAUGGGGGGCGAAUUGGAUUCUUUCAAGGAGAUAUCCGUCUCUUAUCAGAUGAUAUGAAAGCACUGCAUCCAACCAUCUUCCCUGUUGUACCACGAUUAUUAAAUAGAAUGUAUGAUAAGAUCUUUAGCCAAGCAGAUACUCCAUUGAAACGUUGGCUUCUGGAAUUUGCUGCAAAGCGUAAAACUGCUGAAGUUCAAAGUGGAAUCAUUAGAAAUGACAGCUUAUGGGAUAAACUAUUUUUUAAUAAAAUCCAGGCAAGCCUUGGUGGAUGUGUUAGGAUGAUUGUCACAGGAGCUGCCCCUGCUUCUCCAACUGUUCUAGGGUUCCUUCGGGCAGCACUUGGAUGUCAGGUUUAUGAAGGCUAUGGUCAAACAGAGUGCACAGCAGGAUGUACGUUUACUACUCCAGGUGACUGGACAUCAGGUCAUGUAGGAGCCCCUCUGCCCUGCAAUUUAAUCAAACUGGUGGAUGUGGAAGAGAUGAAUUAUUUUGCUUCCAAAGGAGAAGGAGAGAUAUGUGUGAAAGGACCUAAUGUUUUCAAAGGUUAUCUAAAAGAUGGGGAGAAGACAGCUGAAGCUCUGGAUAAAGAAGGAUGGCUUCAUACUGGAGACAUUGGGAAAUGGUUACCUACUGGGACACUUAAAAUUAUUGAUCGGAAAAAGCAUAUAUUUAAACUUGCUCAAGGAGAAUAUAUUGCACCUGAAAAGAUUGAGAAUAUUUACAUCCGCAGUGAGCCUAUUGCCCAGAUAUAUGUGCACGGAGACAGCUUACAGGCCUUCUUGGUUGGAAUUGUUGUACCCGAUUCUGAAGUGAUGCCAGGCUGGGCAAAGAAAAGAGGAUUUGAGGGAACACAUGCAGAGCUCUGUAAAAAUACGGAACUGGCAAAAGCAAUAAUGGAAGAUAUGGUGCGGCUAGGGAAGGAGAGUGGACUUUAUUCUUUUGAGCAGGUCAAAGCCAUUUACAUCCAUUCUGAUACAUUCUCAGUACAAAACGGCUUGUUGACACCAACGCUAAAGGCUAAGAGACGAGAGCUAAGAGAUUACUUCAAAAAACAAAUAGAAGAGCUUUAUUCAAGUGUCUCCAUAUGAAACUUUAGGAAAAUUCUUCUGAAUAAUGGACUUUAUAGCAAUAUUGAAGUGCAUACUCAAAAGUACAGAGCCAGAAUGACAGAGUUGAAAUCAUUAAGCAUCUGACUUUGUUUCUGAACUUUUUGUUGUUCCAAGACCUCACCAUUGAUAUAACAGUAACUUUUCUUUUUCAUCAGCUGUAGUAUCUUAUCUUUUUACAGUAUAUAAACUAUAGGAGACUACUGAAAAUUACACAAUAUAUCCAUAAAAACUGGCAUAAGUUCCAACAAAUCUUAAGUAUAUCAUGAAAGAUUAUGUUGUUGUUAAUUCCCUAAAACUUUACUGAUUACACACCAGGAAAAAGGUAUGUGAUAUAUCUGUUGAUAUGAUUAUAUUUAAUGUUACAGAUUAGUAACUACAAUCCUGGACAAUUCAAUUGUGUGGUCUGCCUCAAACAUUCAAAGACUGGUCAUGAAAAUUACAACUAAAUCUGUCUUCCCUAUAUAGAACUUCAAGCUAGCUACUUGGCCAGAGGUUUUUGUUGUUGUUGUGGGGUUUUUUGUUUGUUUGUUUGUUUUUUUGUUUUUUUUAAUAAGUGAUAGCUUUUAUACGCUGCAGGACAUGAAUUCCAUUGACUUUUUAUGUAAUCAUCAACGAUCACACUCAAGGUAUGUCUACACAGCAAAGUUAUUUUGAAAUAACA